AUGGCGGGGUUCGCCUGGUUCCUGAUCGUGGUGACGGUCGUGAUCGCCGCUCUGGCGGUACUCACGGCGCUGUACCUGCUGGUGCACUACAUGCAUCCGGAGGACAAGAAUCAAGCCUGGUUCCCAAAGAUAGUCGUCAUCGUGGGCAUCACGCUCGCCAUCUGGACAGUGCUCCUCUUCCCGCUGGACGCCGCAAACCGCAAGGCGUGCAGCCCGGACGUGCCAGUGUCCUAUUGCACGCUGACAAUUCCAACGCGGCAGCUAUGGCUGGCAUGCUUCAUCGCGAAUGCUGUGCUCACUUUCAUCGUCAUCCCCUUCGCCAUGUUCUACUAUGAAGCCGACAGCGAAUCGACGGCUGGGCAGCGUUGGAUGCAUGCGCUGCUGUGGGAGGCAGCCACGGUUGUCACCUUUGGCCUCAUCCUCGGCAUCUGCUACGCGCUGGUGGGCUUUGUGGAGUAUCCAGUCGCGCCGCUCAUCAGCGGCCUAUCACCGGUGCAAGCACUGCAUGCCAACUCCACGCUGGUCGACACCUGCGCGGGCAGUGUGUGUAAACCGACGCAGUGUGAUGCAAUCAACGGCAAUGCGGGGACGCAGAUUUGGAAGCUGCGCUGCAGCUUCCCCAUCUACAUCAUCGCCAUGUCAGCGACGGCAGGCUGGCUGCUUUUCAUGGUGUUUGCUGGCGUGGGAUUCGUGGCUCUGCCCCUGGAUUUGAUAAGGGACUUCAUCGGUCGCCCCAAGGCAACCAUCACCCACUCCGAGUACAUCAAACGCGCUAAGGCGCUCGGAGUCAGAGCAAAGGCUGUCAAGGAAAUUGUGGAUACCUUGAAGAAGGAGGAGAGGGCGGACGGUCGUGGCCGAAAAUGGCGCGGUGCCUUCCGGCGCAUCCAGCAGCAGCUGAUCGACUUGGAGGCAGACUCCAAAGCCCUUGAGCUGGUCUUUCCCCAGGCCGACGACCCUGGCUACGCAUGGGCGGUCACAGUGAUGGGCUUUUAUCUGCAAGCUUUUGGGGGAUUAAUCGGGGCGGUGCUAUCAGUUGCAUGGCUGGUGCAUGUGGUGCUCUAUAUGUUCGUGUACCCUCCAAUAUCCCCCUUCCUGAAUUCUUUCUUCAUCACCCUGGACGGCGCGUUUCCCCUGUUCGGCACCGUCGCCUUCGCGCUCUUCUGCUUCUACCUCAUAGCGAUCACCAUAAAGGGCUGCACAAAAGUAGGACUUCUCCUCCUGGUCUUCACAGUUCGGCCCAUGAGAGCGGGAGCCACUCUCAUGAACGACAUGCUAUUCAAUGUGGCGCUGGUUCUGCUGGCAACAAAUGCGGCGAUCCAAUUCUGCGCGCAAGCUUUUGCGCUGUACGCGAACCAAAUGGCCAUCCAUGAGAUCUGGGGCGACCAGAUCCUGCACCUGAUGGGCAUCAAGUACCUGUACCAGCUGAACGUCUUCGUCUACUGUAUGUUCUUCUUCAUCGCAGCCACCAUACUUGUGCUGAUGAUCCGGGGGCCUGCCAAAUGGAAACGCGUCAGCCAGGAAGAGCGCUACGCAGCAGCCUACGCCGGCUGA